AUGACAGUACUUUUUGACUGCAAUGAGGGAUAUGAUGCCAAACCUACAAAUCUAGAUCAACCGACGAUGAAGUGUCGCCCUGAUGGAACAUGGGAGCGUAGUGCCAAUAUGAAAGACUAUUGUGAAGUUCGGUGUGGAUAUAAUAGUGGACAAGGACUAUCAAAAAGCGCACUAAAAGUGUCGUCCACAUUUUCGCAGUGGACUGUUGCCAUUUAUGAGCUUAAUAAAAAGUCUUUGGAUUACGAGUAUAUUUGUAGUGGAGUAUUGAUAAAGAUGAAUUUGGUUUUGACGGCCGCACACUGCUUUAAAGAUGAUCUUAAUCGUAAUCCUGCAUUUUAUAGAGUUGGUUCUUCUACCAGCAAACUGCAAAUAGUUAAUAAUACUUAUGGCAGAGCAGUUCUUGAAAUACAAAUUAAUGAAGCCUUUCACUACCAGGAUAGUGAAUAUGAUGGGGAUACUGCUCUAGUAAGGUUGUCUAUUGAUGCUGUAACGAUUGAGAAAGUAAUCUGUCUGCCGGAACCUUUCGGAAAUUUUAAAGUGAAGCCCGUUGUUGGCUAUGUUGGUCAAAUUAUCACUUGGAGCACGAAGUCGAAUAAAAACGAAUUCUUGGACUUGACAAUGGUUGCCGCCAAUAUAACGAGCUCCGAAACUGGCCACUUUAGCGCGCAGAGCACGAUGGACAAUUACACGUUUUGUAAAGGGGAUAGUGGAAGUGGAUUUGUUGGCAAUUGCAUGGGGACAGAUAGUGCCAUGAAGGAUUGUUUAUUGGGUAUUACAAAUGACAUAUAG